CUAGUGUGUAUUUCCUGUAUUGCUGUGGGACGGAUUUAUUUUGUUAUCAAUCUAGCAAGUAGUAAUAAAGUUGAUUUGCGUCUUUGGCUGAUUUUGUAAACGGGCAAUCAUGGCUGGACGGGACGCUCUCAACAUGAAGCUACCGCCAAUCCAGUCCACCGCUGGAGCCGUGCCGAUUCGAAAUGAGAAAGGUGAAAUUUCUAUGGAAAAGGUUAAGGUGAAGAGAUAUGUGUCCGGUAAGCGUCCAGAUUAUGCUCCAAUGGAGUCAUCUGAUGAGGAAGAAGAAGAUUUCCAGUUUGUUAAGAAGGGUAAAGAUGCUGAGCCAGAGAUGGAGAUGGAGGAAGAGGAAGUCUCUGACCCUCGUCUCAAACGUCUGCUCAAUCGCGUCUCUGAAGAUGUGGAGGAGAGGCUGGCCAGACACAGACAGAUUGCUGAGCCUGAGCUGAUAGCAGAAAGCAGUGAGGACUCAGAUGAAGGAACCUGGCACCCAGAGCGUGAGGAGAGCAGUGAGGAAGAAGAGGAGGAAGAGGAAGAAGUGGAUGAUGAGGAAAUAGAGAGACGGCGAGCGAUGAUGCGCCAGAGAGCUCAGGAACGAAAGAUAGAAGAUAUGGAGAUAAUGGAGGUGGAGGAGGAAGGAAAGUCAGGGGAUGAACCCGAGUCUGAGUCCGAGUAUGAAGAGUACACGGACAGCGAGGAUGAGGCAGAGCCACGGCUAAAACCUGUCUUCAUUCGCAAGAAGGACAGAGUGACUGUGGCCGAGCGCGAGGCGGAGGAACUGAAACAGAAGGAGCUGGAGGCGGAGGCCAAGAAGCAGGUGGAGGAGCGGCGUCGCUACACCCUGAAGAUUGUGGAGGAGGAGGCCAAGAAGGAGUUUGAGGAGAACCGGCGAACUCUGGCUGCCCUUGAUGCGCUGGACACGGACGGAGAGAACGAGGAGGAGGAGUAUGAGGCGUGGAAGGUCAGAGAGCUGAAACGCAUAAAGAGAGACAGAGAAGCCCGCGAAGCGAUGGAGAAAGAGAAGUCAGAGAUUGAGCGAUUCCACAGCCUCACAGAGGAAGAGCGCAGGGCUGAGCUUCGCAACAACGGUAAAGUCAUCACCAACAAAGCCUCUAAAGGCAAAUACAAGUUCCUGCAGAAGUACUACCACAGAGGAGCCUUCUUUAUGGAUGGCGAGCAAGAGGUGUUUAAGAGAGACUUCAGUGCUCCUACUUUGGAGGACCAUUUCAACAAAACAAUUUUGCCAAAAGUCAUGCAGGUCAAGAACUUUGGUCGCUCUGGUCGCACUAAGUACACUCAUCUGGUGGACCAAGACACCACGUCGUUUGACUCAGCCUGGGCUCAGGAGAGUGCCCAGAACAGCAAGUUCUUCAAGCAGAAGGCAGCUGGAGUCAGAGAUGUGUUUGACCGGCCCACAGUUAACAAGAGGAAGACCUAAGCCUUGGGAUGAUAACAAGCACAUCCUGCAGAUUCAAUUAUGGACUGAAAUCAGGGCUUUGGCCUACACUCAUUUGAUGCUUAAUCCAGUGAAGCUCAUUCACCAUUUUCCCCCCUGAUGUUCUCUUACACUGGUAUUAAGGGAUCCCACACACCCAUAGUUGGCUGUUUAAAAGCGGUGGGUUGAUUUUUGUAUGUAACUUUGUACAUUUCAGUUGUGGCAAGCAUCUUUCCAAUUUAUAGCUAGUUUGUUUUUAUUUCUGCACUAACUGGUCUUCUUUGCCUCUUGGUACAGUAUGUGAUUCAGUGUCUUGGUUAUUCUUUGUGAAUAAAAGACUAACUUCUA